AUGAGUUCCUUGAAGCAAUUCAUCCGCAACGUUAGAGCCGCCAAGACCAUUGCCGACGAACGAGCUGUCAUCCAGAAGGAAAGCGCUUCUAUUCGAGCAAGUUUCAGGGAAGAGAGUGGCGAUCAUAGCGUGAGAAGGAACAAUGUCGCCAAGCUCCUCUACCUCUUCACCCUCGGCGAGCGAACUCAUUUCGGUCAGAUUGAGUGUCUGAAGCUGCUGGCCUCUCCGCGAUUCGCAGAUAAGCGCCUGGGUCAUUUGGCAACCAGUUUGCUACUUGACGAGAAUCAGGAGGUGUUGACACUGGUCACAAACUCGCUCAAAAAUGACCUCUCCCACUCGAACCAAUAUGUCGUCGGCCUGGCCCUCUGCACCCUCGGCAACAUUGCAUCUAUCGAAAUGUCCAGAGAUCUAUUCGCCGAAGUUGAGGCUUGUAUUAACACGUCGAACCCCUAUAUUCGGAGGAAAGCCGCCCUUUGCGCCAUGCGUAUAUGCCGGAAGGUCCCCGACCUCCAGGAGCACUUCGUCGACAAGGCCCACCAGCUCCUGUCCGACCGGAAUCAUGGUGUCUUGCUUUGCGGUCUGACUCUGGUCACCAGCUUGUGCGAGGCCGACGAGGAAGAAGGUGGGGAGGAAGGGAUUGUCGAAAAGUUCAAGUCCUUCGUGCCGGGCCUUGUCAGGACCCUGAAGGGCUUGGCAACAUCCGGCUAUGCCCCCGAACACGACGUGACGGGCAUCACCGACCCUUUCGUCCAAGUCAAGAUUCUGCGUCUGCUGAGGGUGCUGGCUAUGGGAGACGCGCAGGUCACCGAGCAAAUCAACGAUAUUCUGGCUCAGGUUGCGACGAACACGGACUCGUCAAAGAAUGUGGGAAACUCUAUCCUGUACGAGGCUGUGCUCACGAUUCUGGACAUCGAGGCCGACUCUGGUUUGCGCGUCCUUGGAGUCAACAUCCUGGGCAAGUUCUUGUCCAACCGCGAUAACAACAUCCGCUACGUCGCUCUCAAUACUCUCAUCAAAGUCGUGGCCAUCGAGCCGAAUGCCGUCCAGAGGCAUCGCAACACGAUUCUCGAGUGUUUGAGAGACCCCGAUAUCAGCAUCAGGAGGCGCGCUUUAGAGCUAAGCUUCACCCUUAUUAACGAGAGCAACGUCCGGGUUCUUAUCCGGGAGCUGCUCGCCUUCCUCGAGGUCGCCGACAACGAGUUUAAGCCCACAAUGACCAGUCAAAUAGGCAUCGCUGCGGAUAAGUUUGCACCCAACAAGCGCUGGCACGUCGAUACUAUGCUUCGGGUACUCACUCUCGCCGGUAACUACGUCAAGGAGCCCAUCAUGUCCUCCUUCAUCCGAUUAGUCGCCACCGCGCCCGAACUGCAGACGUACGCGGUUCAGAAGCUCUAUACGAAUCUGAAAAAGGACAUCACCCAAGAGAGUUUGACGCAAGCCGGAGCAUGGUGCAUUGGCGAGUACGGGGACGCUCUGCUGAGAGGAGGUCAGUAUGAGGAGGAGGAGCUCGUGCAGGAGGUGAAGGAGCAUGAAAUCAUUGAUCUCUUCUCGACCAUCUUGAACAGCAACUACGCCACCCAGGUAUCGACCGAGUAUAUCGUCACGGCCCUCGUCAAGCUCACAACGAGACUGUCCGACUCGACGCAGAUCGUAAGAGUUCGCCAGCUGUUGGAGAUUCACCAAACGAGUUUGGACGUUGAGGUGCAGCAAAGAGCCGUGGAGUACAGCAACCUCUUUUCGUAUGACCAGAUCCGCAACGGCGUCUUGGAGAAGAUGCCGCCUCCUCAGAUCAAGGAGGAGUCGCGCGUGCUGGGCCCCGCAACGACCAAAAAGUCUGCAAAGGCUGCGAACAGGAGAUCCCGCGUUGUCAAGCCCACUGAGCAGGAUCUCCUAUUCGAUCUCAUGGACACUCCUCCCACAACUACACCUGCUCCUGGCGGUGCCUCCAACACCGAUCUGCUUGCCGACAUUUUGGGCGGCACAUCGUCACCUCCUACUUCCGCCUCUCCCCAGCCGCAACAAUCCAAUGUUGCGUCGAUAAUGGACCUUUUCUCUCCAGGCCCUGCUCAGCCAGCGGCCUCCCCUGCCCCCGUCGCAGGCGGCGGCUCAAACAUGGACCUGAUGUCCUCAAUGGCUGCCGCAACCCCUCCACCCCAGCCGCAAGCUGCUCCGCAGGCACCGGCAGGUCUACCAGUCUACGACAACAAUGGGCUCAACGUCAGCUUCCAGGUUCAGCGCAAUGCCGAGGGUCUUGUCCAGGCCAUUGCGCGGUUCCGAAACUCGGGUGCUGGUCCUUUGUCAAACGUGGGACUGCAAGCAGCCGUUCCUAAGACGCAGAAGCUGCAGCUCAUGAGCAUCUCCAGUACGGAGGUCGGCCCGGGUGCUGAGGCCACCCAGAAAAUGAUUGUCUCUGGGGCCAAGGGACCAUUGCGUUUACGCUUGAGGAUUGGCUAUGCGCACCCAUCAGCCGGAGAAGUGAUGGACCAGGUGAACUGGACCGAACCAUCUUGA